AAUCAUCAGUCCUGGGCCAAGGGCCUGUAGGUGAGCUGCAAGUGCCGGUGCCACAUCCUGCAUGUGAGUCAGGGAGCGCGGGAGAGCACAGCGGCCGCUUCCCUGUGGCGAGGGACACGGAGCCCGGCCAGGCGCGGCAGGGCCGGCACGGAUUUGCGGCGAGGAGAGCCCCUGAGGGCAGCAGGGCAGUGAGGGGCCGGGCUGUGUGCUGAGCAGCCCCCAUGCCGCUGUGCCUGAAGGCUGCCGUCAGCAUGAGGGACUAUUGCCCCACGGUGCCCCGGUACAGCCGGUACACGCCUCGGUACAGCCGGUACACGCCACGCCUCAGGGCCUCGCGCACCGUGCACUUCCCCAACGACGUCGUCUUUCAGGACCACAUCAAGCAGGGCGACCUGGAGCAGGUGGGCAGGUUCAUACGGGCCAGGAAGGUGACACUGGACACCAUCUACCCUUCUGGCAUGGCAGCCCUGCAUGAAGCCGUGCUGACAGGAAACCUGGACUGCGUCAAGCUCCUGGUGAAACACGGCGCUGACAUCCACCAGAGAGACGAGAACGGCUGGACGCCGCUGCACAUGGCCUGCAGCGACGGCUACGCCGACAUCGCCAGGUACCUGCUGUCCCUUGGGGCCAGCCUGGAGGCCACCACCGACGACGGGGAGAAACCCUCGGACCUCAUCGACCCCGAGUACGAGGACCUGGUGCAGCUCCUGGGAGGCACGGCGCUGCGCUGAGCCGGCACGGCCCGGGGGGCUGCGCCUGCCCGAGGGCCGGGGCUGCGCCCGGGCUGGGCCCGGGCGGCGAGCGGGCACCAGCGCUCGGUACUGCGAUCGGGAACCACUUUGUACUUUUGCAAUAAAGCGUAUCGGCCACCA